UCGACACACGCAACUUGACACUUUUGUUUUGUGUUUAAUUUUAUACGCUCUUCGGGUCGUUAUGGAGACGGAAGUUGAGGGGAAGAAAUCAAAUAAUUUUACGAUAGCCGCUUUGAUUGGGGAAAAACGAUGUGCUGACGAAUUUUCUGACAAUAUCGAACCGUUAAAAAAACUAGUCGAAAAUACAGGUGAAAAUGAUGAAACCGAGAAAAACUCUUGUAUUAGUUCUGGUAGCGAAAAGAUGGUUGGAAUCAAAUGCAAAUUGGAGACAAUAGAAUUAUGGGAAAAAUUCCAUGAACUCGGAACGGAAAUGAUUAUAACAAAGUCGGGAAGGCGGAUGUUUCCAACGUUACGCGUUUCCUUUGGAGGGAAGGGAUUAUUAAAUAACGAAAAGUAUUCCGUCCUCCUCGAUAUCGUCGCAGUGGACGCAAAGCGUUACAGAUACGCUUAUCAUAGAUCGUGCUGGCUAGUUGCCGGAAAAGCGGAUCCCGCCUUACCCAAUCGGUUUUAUCCUCAUCCAGACUGCAAUAUUAUGACUGGAGAGCAGCUAUCAAAACAAUCAAUUUCAUUUGAAAAAGUUAAAUUAACCAACAACAUGUUGGACAGAAAUGGACAUAUUAUGCUGAAUUCUAUGCAUAAAUAUCAGCCAAGAAUCCAUCUAGUGAGGCGGAAAGAGGGAGAAACGAAGGCGAUAAAGAACCUCGAGGGCGAAGAGUACAGGACAUUUAUUUUUCAAGAGACAGAAUUUAUUGCAGUGACAGCUUAUCAGAAUCAAUUGAUAACAAAACUAAAAAUCGAUAGUAACCCUUUUGCCAAAGGGUUCCGUGAUUCGACUCGGUUGAGCGACAAUCAUGACGCUGAUGGAGCGAAAAUAUCUUUAGCCUCAACGAAUCUUUUGCAGACUCCUUCCUUCGCAGAAACUGGUAAGAUUUUGUCACGCUCUUCUUUCUGACAACCAUCAAUCAUUAUCUAUAUGCUAAAGAUGUAUACAUCCUAUUACUAACAAUAUGGCACUGUGUAUGCUCUUUGUAAGAACCUUGUUAAGUUGUUAUUGUUAAUUUCUUUACUUUUUUUAUUUAAUUAGGUUUAAUAGUUACAAAUUAACUUUAGAGCUAUCCUUGCAAACUACAUUUUUUACAAAGUAGUAUACUAUUCUCUGAAGUAUAUGCAUGCUUAUAGUUUAUCAGACAAAAGCAUGGCCUUGUUUUUCUAAUGUUAGAUAAAGAUAUGCACAUCUAGCUAUAUUGUCUUAUCAGUAAACUAUACGGUGCAGUUUGUACUUAUAAAUCUCUAUAAGGGGCGUCUGGUUUAUCUUACUGUUACUAUCAAUUAAGACAAAAUGCACUCUCGUAUUUCCAUAUUUUUAAUAUUCGUCUAAACAGUAGAGUGACACUUUUUCAUCAAUAAUGUUAAAUAAGCAUUAAUAUAUCUAGUCUAUAUACCCACCGAGACGAUCCCUUGUCCAUUGUAUUUAAAGUCUCAUCACGCAACUAAGCAGCUUUUCUUUUCUUAUAUAUUUCUAGAUGCAGAAGCCUAUGCUAAUUGGAGGCAACUCAGCAAUUUUAAUUAUCUACCAUGGCCCUACGGUGCAACACUGGCAGAAAGGUCAAGGUCCCUGGCAGCUCUUUACCACCCCUUCUUUUGGCCUCAUCCUACUGAUCAGGAGGAAAAUAACUCAUCUUCAUCUCAUCGUUACCAUCCCUAUUUAUUCAAAUGACCAUGAAAGAAUUAAACAAAAACUUUAAAGUAAAUAAAAAAGAACUCUUUUACAAAAAAAAACUACACAGUCGAUUUAAAACCGAUUCACCAUUCAAGUCGCUCAGCGUGAAAUUCACGUCGCCGGCGGUUGUUUACGCCGCAAUUUCUUCCCCUUAGGAAGCGUAAAAAUGUAUUUACAAAAGGCGCAGCUUUCCUAUACUUAAACUAUAAAAAUUUUUGGGCAAGGUGGUAGAAAACUGGUCUGUUAUAUAUUUCGUUUUUUCUUUUAUGGCUUUCAGCAUGGCUCUUUUAAAGUUUUAUCAUUUAAAAACAAUGGAUAAAAAGAGAAAUUACUUUAAUUUAAAGUUAUUGGCUAUUUGUUUUUUAUCUUAUUUCUGACUAAUUUAUUACUGUAAGAUGUUUCUGUUAUGAGAAAAACUUAUUCUUACUUACUUUUCUAUCUCUCUUUCCCUGCAUUCUCUCUCUUUCUCUCUCACUCUUCCUAUUUAACUUACUCAAAUCUUUACUCUCUUCCUUCCUUCCUUUCUUUCAGCUCUUUUCUCUUUCUCUCCCUGUCUCUCCCUUAAAAAAAACUAAGAGGGCUGUGAUAAGUCUUAAGUACAAUAUAAAAAAAUUUAUUUCAUCAUUAUUCAGUAGUGUAUAUUCAAAUUAAAUUAAUUUAUUACUAAACAUUUGUUGCAAAAAUUGAAUGAAAAGUAAAUAAUUUAUUAUUUUUUAUGCAACUUAUAAAGACUUUUGUUUUCUGUUAAAAACGAAAAUUAUAUAAUAAUAAAAAAUUGAUCGAG